UUUUAAUAAGAGCGCACACAAGCUGAAAAAUUCGGUUGGUAAAUAUUUCUUCGAACCUCAUCAAAAUGAACCUUUUCCGCUACUUAAAUGCUUGUUCGAGCGUUCAACUCCAACGUCGCACGUUGGCCAAAAAGUCGAUCUGGGACUCAACACCAUUUGGGCUCCACCGUUUGCGCCCCAAGCAGGAGGAGCCGGCGACUGCCGAAGGAAAUCAGGGAUCAGCCGAAUCCAAACCACAAGCAGCUAAACCGGAGGCACAAGUGAAAAUCGACAAGAAACUGCCGAAUGUGGGUGCCUACGUCCGUUUGAUCGCCGCCGAUGGACGCAGCCUGCGCGACGUGCUGGCCGCCAAGGUGCCCCAGGAGCAGGAGCGCGUGAAGAACUUCCGCAAGCAGCAUGGCGCUACCAAGAUGGGUGAGACCACCAUCGACAUGAUGUAUGGCGGUAUGCGCGGCAUUAAGGCUCUGGUGACUGAGACUUCCGUGCUGGAUGCCGAUGAGGGUAUCCGUUUCCGUGGCCUGUCCAUUCCAGAGUGCCAGAAGGUCCUGCCAGCUGCCGAUGGCGGUUCAGAGCCCCUGCCCGAGGGUCUCUUCUGGCUGCUGUUGACCGGCGAGGUGCCCACCAAGUCCCAGGUGCAGCAGCUGUCCCGCGAGUGGGCCGAGCGUGCCGCCCUACCCCAGCACGUGGUGACCAUGUUGAACAACAUGCCCACCACCCUCCACCCCAUGUCGCAGUUCGCCGCCGCCAUCACGGCGCUGAAUCACGACAGCAAGUUCGCCAAAGCCUACUCCGAUGGUGUUCACAAGAGCAAGUACUGGGAAUACGUUUAUGAGGACAGCAUGGAUCUGAUUGCCAAGCUGCCCGUUGUGGCUGCCACCAUUUACUGCAACACUUACCGCGGCGGCAAGGGCUCCCGCUCGAUCGACUCCAGCCUGGAUUGGUCCGCCAACUUUGUGAAGAUGCUCGGCUACGACAAUGCCCAGUUCACCGAACUGAUGCGUCUCUACCUGACCAUCCACAGUGAUCACGAGGGUGGCAAUGUCUCUGCCCACACCGUACACUUGGUGGGUUCGGCCCUCAGCGAUCCCUACUUGUCCUUUGCCGCCGGCAUGAACGGUCUGGCCGGUCCCCUGCACGGUCUGGCCAACCAGGAGGUGCUCGUCUGGCUGCGCAAGCUCCAGAAGGAGGCCGGCAACAAUCCCUCGGAGGAGCAGCUCAAGGACUACAUCUGGAAGACCCUCAAGUCCGGACAGGUGGUGCCCGGCUAUGGUCAUGCUGUGCUCCGUAAGACCGAUCCCCGUUACACCUGCCAGCGCGAGUUCGCCCUGAAGCACCUGCCCGACGACGAGCUGUUCCAGCUGGUGUCCAAGAUCUACAAGGUGGUGCCCCCAAUCCUAACCGAGACCGGCAAGGUGAAGAACCCCUGGCCCAAUGUAGAUGCCCAUUCCGGUGUCCUGCUGCAGUACUACGGCAUGAAGGAGAUGAACUACUACACCGUGCUCUUCGGUGUGUCCCGUGCCCUCGGUGUCCUGGCCUCUCUGGUCUGGGAUCGUGCCCUGGGUCUGCCCAUCGAGCGCCCCAAGUCGUUCUCCACCGAUCUGCUGGUAAAGAUGGUACAGAAGUAAACGAGUCCCCCCAAGAAGGGAUUCGCCAAGGGCAUCAGCUGGUGGUCGAACAACAAGGAUGCAACACAAGGACGAGGCGAAGGCUAAGAGGAUGGGGCAGCAGUAGAUAUUGUAAUAGACGAGAGAACAGAGAGAGAGAGAUAGCGAGUGAGAGGGAGAGAAAGGGAGAGGGAGAGAGGAAGCGGAAGUGGAUAGGGUCCGGAUAUCGAUAUGACGAAGCUGAUAUUGAAAGUUGAAUACAUAUAUAUAUUCAUAAGUUGAGGAGAACAGCAACCAAAUACGAACCAAUAGGAAAACACAGAAGAAGAAACCAGAAGAAAACUGCAAACUGCAACCUGCACUGCAACUGCAAAACAAUAAGUUGAAAAUAAGGCAGAAACUUAUUUUUAGUAGUAAAAUAACUAACGCAAAUGAUGAUGAGAAACCACUUAAUUAAUUGUAUAAGCUAUAUAUAUAUAUAGACAUAUAUAUAUAGGGACAAGCAGAGAUGCGAUAAUGUUUGCGCCUAAAUUCUUAUGUUCAGCAUUUUCUUCCACCAACACACCCACCUGCCAUCCUCGAUCCUCGAUCCACGAUCCCCUCCCUCCGCCUACUCUCUAUUUUUAUUAGUUUAUGUUUCUAUCAGCAUUGCUGACCAGCCGACUAACCAACCACCACCUCCCCCAUUUGACCCCACCAUCACCCCGCCUGAAACAAAAACCUAAAAACAAUUACUAACUUGAUAACAUUUUACUUUUAAUUUAACUAUAAUUUAUUAUGCAAACAAAAGAUAAAAAAACGAGAUAAAUACAAUAUAAAACAAGUGUAAAGAAACCAACAAAAACAUCUAAAACAAACGAAAAAAAAAACUCAAUAAAAAAAACAGAACAAUAAAUAAUAUAAAGGCUAGAAAUUAGUUAUUGCCAACUUCACCAGUGGAAGCUGCAAAUGCAAAAGUUCGUUCAUUGCCGUGCAAGUGUAUUCGAAAAAGCAAAUCCACAAUAAACCUUAGCAAACUUUCAA